GAUAGCUUGACAGCUGUGAGUUCAAAAAUAUGAUGAAAUUGUUUAUGAAUAUAUAGUAUAGGUAGAUUAGUACUAUUAUUAUUAGUUUUCAACACGAUGAGCGUGGAUAUAGCCAGCACAAUCAAGUUCCGGGACAUUUGCGACCUGUUCGAGAAGCUGAAGGCCACCAGGAAGGUGGCCAACAAGGAGGAGGUGCUCAAGAGCUACUACGAGUCCUUUUGCCGGCACCGCGAGUCCUUUCGCCGGCAAACCGGGCUGCCCGACGACCAGGCGGAGAAUGGAGUCAGUAGCUUCUACUCCGUGUUGCGCCUGCUGCUCCCCGGUGCGGACACGGGUCGGGAUACCUAUGGACUGCAGAUCACGGCCCUGGGCAGACUAUACAUCAAGGUGCUCCAACUGCCGGUGGACUCCAGCGAUGCCGUCAAGCUGCAGCACCGCAGCGGGAACAUGUACCGGGACUACGGCGAUGUCGUCUAUUCCGUGCUCAAGCCCAGGUGCUUUAAUCCGCCCAGCGAUCUGCGACUGAAGCACAUCCACGAGAUGCUGGAUACCAUUGCCAACGAGGACACAGAAGUAAAGAAGCAGCAGCUCAUUCGUUUCACGGAGCAGGCCUCGCCCGAGGAGCAGAAAUGGCUAAUCCGGCUGCUGCUGAAGAGCCUGGGUCUGGGCAUCGGGGAGCAGAAGAUCUUCGGGGUGCUGCAUCCCAAGGCGCAGGACAUCUACCAGCGCUGCUCUGAUCUGGGACACGUGUGCAAUCUGCUGGCGGACAGGACCACCGACAUGGACGCCAGCACUAGUACGGACAGCAAAGCCGCCGUCAAGUUCGUUAACCUGAAUGCCGUCAUCCGGCCAUUCCAUCAGAUACGACCCAUGCUGUGCGAACGAUUUCCGGGCGACAUCCAGGAGCUAAUGCAAUCGGAUGUGCUCUACAUGGAGACCAAAAUGGACGGCGAGCGUUUCCAGCUGCACAUCGACCGCGGACGCUUCAUGUACAUCUCCCGGAAUGGCGUGGACUACACCCGAAACUUCGGCAUGGGCUAUGAUCAGGGCACCUUGACGCCCAAACUGAGGGGUCUACUUCCACUUGGUCUGGAGUCCAUUAUCCUCGAUGGCGAGAUGAUGGUAUGGGACACGAACCAGUUGCGCUUCCGGGAAAAGGGCGAGAACACGGACGUGAAGAGCCUGAAACCAGAGGGCAGCUGGCAGCCCUGCUUUGUGGUCUACGAUCUGCUCUACUUCAAUGGCCAGAGUCUGCUGGAUCACACCUACAUCCAGCGGGCGUACAAGCUGCAGAAAAUGAUCGUCGAGCAGCCGGGUGUGCUGCAGUUGAUGCGAGCCCGCAAAAUCGGCUCAGUUGAGGAAUUCAAUGAGCUGUUCCAGCAGGCUCUCGACUCCCACGCCGAGGGCAUUGUGCUAAAGAAGCAGGGUUCCAGAUAUCAACCGGGCGUAAGACUGGGCGGUGGCUGGUACAAGGACAAAGCCGAUUACAUCAAAGGUCUGAUCACCGAGUUCGAUGUGCUGAUCAUUGGCGCCUUCUACAACCGCAAGCGCACCUUUGUGGACUCCUUUCUGCUGGGCGUUCUCCAGCCAGCGCCUCCUGGCAGCUCCAAUCGCCCCGAGGUCUUCAGCAUCGGCGUGGUCACCAACAACACAAGACAGCGCGGCGUGCUAAAUCACACGCUGAAACCGCAUUGGCACGAUGUGAUCAAGGAGCCACCGCCGCUGUGGUUUCACUACAAGCCUAAGGAACGGGCAGGAUGCCCUGAUCUGUGGAUCGAUCCGCAAAACUCGAUCAUCCUACAGGUGAAGGCCGCCGAUUUGUCGCCCAAUGGAGCGUUCUUCACCCGCAAAUCAUUGCACUUUGCGCGCACUGAAAUGAAACGCGAUGACAAGUCGUGGAGCGAGUGUAUGACACUAAAGGAGUUUACCGACCUCUGCGAGGGUUCCACGGCCAUCAAGAAACUGAACAAGCGGCAGCUGCGAAUGGAGGAUGUGACCACCAAGCGGAAGCAGCUGCGGAUGACUCCAUCGGAGCGCAACCGCCUGGGAUUGGCCGUUUACGAGAAGCGCUGUAAUGUGGACCCCGCCGCGAGCAGUUCCAAGCUCUUCGAGGGACUCAGCUUUUGCAUCCUGAGCGGAGCUGCCGGACGGCAGAGCAAGCAUCAGCUGCAGGAGCUGGCCGCCAAAAACGGUGGCUGCAUUGUGGAAAAUCCGCUGCUCAACGAUCCGAAGUGUUUUUGCAUUGCCGGCGACGAAACGUUCCUGGUCAAGCGGCUCUGCCUUCAGGAGCCGCGCUCCUGUGACAUUGUGCGCAUGGAGUGGCUUCUAAGGGUCUGCCAGAAGCAGGAGCUCGAGCUUAAGCCCAAGGAUCUCCUGUCGGCCACCGUACCAUUGCAGCAGGAUCUGGCCGAGUGCUUUGACCGUCUGGGCGAUAGCUACAACAAGGAUAUUGCCGACGUGGCGGAGCUGCAGGAGUUGCUGCAGGACAUUGAAUUGACGCCCGAGAUUUUGGCUGACAUUACCACAGCUGAGUUGAACGCUCUGGAGGAUCAGCUGCUGGAUGGGAAGACAAACCUGAACCUGUUCCGUCACCUGCAUGCCUAUUUCUACGAUCCACAUGGUGAUGAACUGGGCAAGCUUCUGUUCCUACAAAACGGCGGCAAGCUGGUCGACGAAUCCGAUCCGGACCUUAAUCUAGGAUUCAUCUGCAUGUCCUCCGACCUGGAUAAGGAUAAGUUUGAGCACUGGCUGAGUAAUCAUUCCAAGUUGAGCGCUGACAAAGUUUUAAACUCUGCCUGGAUUCAUCAAUCGCUUCGGGAGGGCAUACUCCUAGCCAUGAGUUCUUUUGUCUAAGUCGUUGAAUUUGUUAAAACUAUAUUUUUGUACAAAAAAACUACUGAUAUACCUACUUAUGUUGACAAUAAUAUAUUCUUUAUAAAUAAAAUUAUUACCAAGAA